AUGACGCACAUCCUCAUCAUCGGCAUCAAGCCAGGCUGGUUCAGCGAAGCAGGCAAGAAAGGCUACAACAUGGGCGAAUCCCGAUCGCAGUCCCAGGUCGAAGCGAGUGUGAAAAAACUACAGGAGGACUUACGGUCGCUCAAGAACACAACAGUCGAAACCUUACAAGUUCUUCCUGGCGAGGAUGGUGACUGGGAGAAGCUGGUGGAGGCGUUGCAGAAGAGGCAUUGGGAUGGGAUAUCGUUCGGUGGAGGACUGAGGAGACAUCCUGAUCUCGGCGACUACUUCACACAAGCGAUUCAGAUGGCUAUGCAAGAGAAUCCGGGGGCGAAGUUUCUGUUCCCGUUGGUGCCGGAUGAGGUGUAUCCUGCUAUUAAGGAAUAUAUCCCACAGGCGGUGUAA